UGCCCAUCCAGGGCAGAUUGGCAGCUGAGCCGUGACGCGUAUCUUUUCCACUCCGGUCCGAAGCUCGACACAAACACACCUCCUCUCUCCAAGCCCCCUCCUCCUGGCUUCUACUCACAGCACGAGAUUCUGUUUAUAAAAAAAUAAUAAAAAAAAAACUUUAUCUGCUAUAGCACUAACCCCGAGGACCCCAUGUACAACAAUUCGGCGCUACAGUUUUAGCUGCUGUGCCAUUUCCGUAACGCACCAAGUUCUUGGCGCUUCAUCAGAAGAAAGGAAACUUAAGGUGAACGCCGAUGCUCAAGUAAACAACAACAAAAAAGAAGUUUUAACUGGAUAUUUUUUUAGACAGCGGAUGUGAUGAAAAGAAAACAAGCUGCGACUCGUUUUGAUUUUGAUUCAUGGAUGUGGAUGAAGAGCGCUUUAAAUGUCACAGCGGCUGCAGUUUGUUGCUGAGGAAAGCGGCGCGCGAUGAUAUAAAGGACCACCAUGCUGUCUUUGGCAAAUACACAUCUUCAAAAGGUAACCUAUUUGCUGUAGCUGCUCGAAGAAGUUUCCUUUUUUCUUUGCGCUGCGUAAAAUUCCAGCAACAGACGAAAUACUGGAACACUAAGAAAGAAGACUUACUCUACCAAGCCGGAAUACACAUAUGUAUACAUAUGUAUAUAAUACAUCUGCAAUAGAAGAAAGUCAAGGAGUGUCUUCUUCUUCCCUGUCUUUUGUGGAGAGCAAUAUCAGAAAGAAACAAGUUUGACUGGGGAAGCAGAAGUGAGAUGACUACCAGCACAGUUCUCCUGCUCUUCAUUCUCUCUCUCACAAGCAGCAGGGCAGAGAAUGCAGAGGAGCGGCUGGUGAACUACCUGUUGGGUCCAGAGCGCUACAACAAACUGAUCAGACCAGCUGUCAAUAAGAGCCAACAGGUCACCAUCUCCAUACAAGUGUCUCUGUCUCAGCUCAUCAGUGUGAACGAGAGAGAACAGAUAAUGACGACCAACCUGUGGCUGUCCCAGGAGUGGAAUGACUACAGGCUGAGAUGGGACCCAGACAAAUAUGACGGCAUCAAGAAGCUGCGAAUACCAUCCAAACACAUCUGGCUUCCUGAUAUAGUGCUCUACAAUAACGCUGAUGGCGUGUACGAGGUUUCUUUCUACUGCAACGCUGUGGUCUCCAACACAGGGGACAUCGUCUGGCUCCCCCCUGCGAUCUACAAGUCAGCCUGUGCCAUCGAGGUGCAGAACUUCCCCUUCGACCAGCAGAACUGCACCCUCAAGUUCCGCUCCUGGACCUACGACCACACAGAAGUGGACCUGGUCCUGACCAGCGACUUUGCCAGUCGUGAUGACUUCACGCCAAGCGGAGAGUGGGACAUAGUGUCACUGCCGGCACGCAAAAAUGAGGAUCCACACGACAUCACCUACCUGGACAUCACCUAUGACUUUGUCAUCAAGAGGAAGCCUCUUUUCUAUACCAUCAAUCUGAUCAUCCCAUGCGUGCUGAUCACGUCGCUGGCCAUCCUGGUGUUCUACCUGCCGUCAGACUGCGGGGAGAAGAUGACUCUGUGCAUCUCGGUGCUGCUGGCACUCACUGUGUUCCUGCUACUAAUAUCAAAGAUAGUGCCACCCACCUCUCUAGCAGUGCCACUUAUAGGUAAAUACUUGAUGUUCACCAUGGUGCUGGUCACAUUCUCUAUUGUAACAACCGUCUGCGUCCUCAACGUGCACCACCGCUCCCCUUCCACCCACUACAUGCCCAACUGGGUCAAACGGCUCUUCUUAGUCAGCCUUCCCACCUUUCUCCUCAUGAGGCGCCCAGGCUCUUCCAAUGUCCGCGAUAAACUCCGCCGAAAGUACGCCAGCCGGAGUACCGUCUGUAGAAACAGUUCCCAGAGCGGCACGGAAAAAAGGCAGUACUCCAACAUCAGCCUCGGCGGCAUCCGAACGGACGCUGACUCCUUCUACGUGAACGAGGACUUGGCGCACAAGUUUUGCUGGAAGGUGGGUGACCUCCCGGAUGGGGGUGGUGGCUUUUCAGACUUACGGAGGCCUCUGGCCGUUCAGUGGGAUGCGGAUGUGGAGGAGGCCGUGGACGGAGUGAGAUACAUCGCUGAACACAUGAAGACGGAAGAUGAUGACGAAGGGAUCAUUGAAGACUGGAAGUACGUAGCCAUGGUGAUAGACCGUCUGUUCCUGUGGAUCUUCAUCUUGGUGUGUGUCGUGGGAACUCUGGGACUCUUCAUGCAGCCACUGUUCCAAAGCUACAACACACCCACAGCUGAUGACACGGAGUACAGAGAUUUCUAGGAUUUCUGUCACCUAAGUAAGGAAAAAGUAGAAAAACAAAUAACUUAGAGGCUGCACCGUGUCUGCGUGUGAUCUGCCUCUGUUGUUUGGAUCGUAUACCUGAACUAAUCGAUGCAGCCAGGUUGUGGUUGCAAAAGUGGAGUUCAGAGGACAGUAUCUUAUCAGUUGGUUAAUGCAUGGAUUAUAUUUUUGCCAGAAUUUGUCUCCAUCCACACUGAAGAAACUCCACCCUAAUCAAAGACACAAACAGGAUACACCUUUUACCACUGCAAUGUCUCUCAAGAAGAAGAACAUGAAGAUGAUGGGGACAGUUCCUGCGAAUAGUCCUGAGUCAAUAUACAAUACUGUGGACUAUUACGCCUGAUGUAAAAACACAGAAGCUGGUGAAAUAUUUGAUGAGAGAUCCUAGAAAUAAUGACAGUGACUUGCACCGCUGAACACACGCCUCUUAUCGGACUCUGUGUAAUGAAGGCAUACAUUGCAGUUUCAGUGAGAGAUGUGCGCUUUUCUGCAUUAUACAAACAUGUACUGUAUUUCAGUUGUUUAAUGACGGUAAAAUACAGUGAACCAUAAUUUCCUCUUUCUACCCUCCUCAGACCGAACUUUACUGCAACUAAGUGAAGAUAUUUUAUCCUGUCUAUCUUUGUCUUUAUCAAUGUAUAUUUUCUCUGUCUGUGUUCCUCCCACUUGCUUGUCGGUUUUUUGUGCACACAAACAUCUACACGUUCUGAUUCUGCUUUACUGCUGCAAAGAAAUCUUUAGUUCCACCUGUAUGCUUAUUUUAUUUAUUUCUCAUUUAGCUUAUUUUCAGUCCUCACUUUACAACUGCCUUAAACUGAUGUUGAAUAUCUUUGUGGAAGAUUUGUAAAGACCAAACUGUUGCAACACUGUGUUACAUAUAAACAAUUUGCCACUGACUAUAUUCCAAUAAAAUGUGUUAAUUAAA